AUGGUUCAUUUAAAUGAGAUACUGGAAAUGCCACAGUUUGAUAUCUCCAAAAUGAAAUUAAAUUGUGCCUUUAAUGAAUUAACAUUAGAAGAAAAGUGAGUUGAUUAAAAUUUGUACAUUAUGUACAUUGUACUACUGAUUGUGGUAAAAAGUUAUACAUAUCUAAAUACAAUUUGGAUAAAAUCAAUCAAUACAUUUAAAUUUUUUUUUUGAUUACAGAGAUGAUGAUCAACUUGAUGAGGAUCAACUUGGUGAUGAUCAAAUUAAUAAUGAUCAACUUGAUAUUGAAACUGAAGUUAAUAAGAAAAAAGAUUCAGAAUUAAAUGAUGCAAUUCUAAAACUGCCCUUCGUACCAUGCAACCAGCGGCUUAAUGAAAUUUUCGAAAUUAUGAAACCCUCUGUGAGACAGCUACAUGAAGACACCAAUGCUGUAAGUAAAAUAUUUUAUAUUAUACAAUUUAAUUUUGUGUAUUAUAAAAUAUAAUGUAAUUUUUUUUUUCAGUUAUAUUUGUGGGUAACUUUAUUAGUUCCAAAAAUGGAAGAUGGUAACAAUAUUGGUAUAGGUGUUCAAGAAGAUAUUCUUAAAGCAAUAAAUGCUGUUCAUAAAAAAACAGUAAGAAAUCUUAAAAGAUUUCAUGAUUAUUAUGAACAUCGAACUAUUGUUAUGAAUAAGGUUUGUAUUGACUGACAAAUUUAAAUAAGAACAAUAAGUUAAUUUUAUAUUUUACUUAAUAUUUGAUUAUUUUUCAUGUAUUAUGACACAUUUAAAACAUAUAUUUGUCUUACCCAAGAAUUUAUAUUAAGUUUUAGCUCCUCAAUAAAAUUAUUAACACACCAUUGUCUAGAUUUCAUUUUAGUUGUAAUAUGAUUGACCUGCAAUUUUAUUUAAAUAAUAGUUUAUAUCAUUUGUAAACUGUUCUUUAUGUUUCAGUUUUUGAACCAUCCCAAUAUAGAGGAUUAUCGACAAGCUGUGGAAAACUGUGACAAUAGACAGUGUUUUAUGUUUUCCAUUGCCAUGCAAGAAAUACGUGAUAGUUAUGCAUUACUGAUGGAUAUUAUGAUCAAGAACAUGGACAAAAUAAAAAACCCUCAACAAUCAUCUGCUCCAAAUAUGUACUAA